AUGAGUGCCGCCGCGCCCGCCGCCGUUGACGAGGAAGCAGCAGCAGCAGCCGACCACCAACAGCAGCCCGACGACGGCGACGAUCCACAGGGCACUCUAGACCCGAAUUCGUAUACCGCCCAUCGACUUCACCACGCCACCCCUGAGCACCUGCACGUCACCACCCGCCGCGUCUUCGUCGGGCCCAUCCCAGUCGGCUGGCUCAAGAACCACCGCUCAGAAUGGUACAAGCACCACCUGCACGUCAACUACUCGUCCAAGGAGUCGUCAUUCGCCAAGGGCGACAACGUCGGCUUCCGCCGCAAGGUCACGGGGCUCGGCGAGUCCGUGGGCGUCGUGGAGUCGUGGCGGCCGGCGGGCACGGCCGAGGAGGUGCUGAUCGAGGAUGACGAGGAGGAGGACCUCGAGGAUGACGAGGAGGAGGGGGAAGAUGGCGAGGAGGACGCAGAGACGCCAAUCCCGCUGACGGGGACGGGGACGGGGGGGGCGGUGGGGCGCAAUUCGGGGCCCGUGCCGAUACCUAGGGCCGCGGCCACGACGAAGCUGGAUCUGAAGCAGAAGGGCCGGGAGGAGGCGGGUGGCGGCGAGGCGGCGGCGGCGGCGGCGGGGUCGCCGCCAGAAAGACAUCCGGGGAGGCCGUUUACGAGGGGCUCGCGGAGGGGCACGGAGCCGCGGUCGUUCAAUCGAGGUGAGUCGUACGCAACCGCAUACGAGUCGUUUGAUUCCGCGGAGGAGGAGCGCCGACGCCAGCAUGCAGAGGCAGCGAAUAUCACCAGUAGUAGUAGUAAGGCAGCGGCGGGCACCGAGAAGAAGCAGAAUGGCGAGAGCUCGCGCGAGGGCCCGUUGAAGCUGGACCCGACGCUGUCGCGAUCCAACACCGAGUUCACCGGCGAGCUCUCGCGUGCGGAGCCCAUCCCGAUCAUGAUGGGCAAUGGCGGCAGUGAUUCCGAGGCAGGCUCGGUGCCGCCGUCGGCGGAAGCAUCCAACUCGUUAGCAUCUCUCCUGAAGCAUGAUGAACUGGCGCGGCGGAAGAAGCUGAAGCGUAGUGAAACUAGUCGAGGGCGGCCCCAACUAGUGUCGCGGCCAUCGCUGCGCCCGUCGAUCCUCUCCAUCACCCGCAAGUCGUCGCCGAAGAAGAACAAGCAGCGCACCGAGUCCGAGCCCGCGCCAGUCGCCCGCCUCACGCACGCCUCGACGAAUAAGGACCGGGUCAACGGCGGCCUGGUCCGCUUCAACACCGCCGUCGAUCUGCGCGAGCGCGAUAAGCUGAUGCAGCUGAAGCUGGCGGAUAUGAGCCGCAGCAGGUCGUUCCGCCAUGCGGGGCGCCACUACUCGCAUGUGCGGAAGCGCGAGGGCGAAAUCAUCAAGAUGGAGAACAUGCUCGUGCGGGUGGAGAUAACGAUGAAGAAGCUGCCCAACGAGUACGACGAGAACGAGAGCAUGCAGGUCGAGACGCGCACGGCCGAGAAGUGGCGCGAGUAUGUGGUUGUGUGCCGCGAGACGGGCGAGGAGGAGACGCCGUUCAGCCUGCGCCUGUACAAGAGCCGUGUGAUCCCGGCGAUUGAUAGGCCGCAUGUCUCGUCCCAUGGCACGAGGGAGAUCCCGUUGGACCCGAAGACGACGAAGGUUAACUUCUACUCGUCGCUGGAUAAGACGCUGGUGCUGUGGCUGCCGUUUAAGCACGGAACUAUCAUAUAUAUAAUGCGGCCAAGGUGCUACUCGUCGUCGGUGGAGUGGUAUACGUUCCUCCGGAAUGCGCUGGGGUGGGCUCGCCCGGAUUUGCUGCACAUUGAUGUUCCGGACCUCUCGCUCUCUUUGCGGAUCGAGAAUCCGUUUGGGAAGGUUGAGGAGAAGCUGCGGGAUGAGACUCUGGACGAUGAAGCGCCCAUAAGGGAGGAGAAGGUCGUUGCCAGGAAUCUGUUAAACCAGAGUAUGGAGAUGCUGGAGGGCAUCAAGGAAUGGGAAAACAUCAUCAAGCACUGGAAGACAAACGAGCGCAUGGGACUCGCCUGGCGGCGCUACGACCGCAUAGAAUGGAUCCAUGGGUUGAACGAGCAGCGCAUGUACGGCAGCAUCGCCAUGCAAAAGACGCACCAGCUCGAGCUGCGCCCCAAGACCCACUACCCCACGAUCACCAAGAUGCCCACGGGUGAAAAGAUGGUGGAGCCGCCCCCCGUCGAGGGCUUCCUGCUGCGCCUCACCUCCAGCACGGGCCGCCACGAGCGCCUGGGAAAGCUCUUCUUCAAGCGCCUCUACUUCUACACCCACGACAGCCUCCUCUGCUUCUGCAAGCCUGCGCGCGCGCUGCCGCCGCCGCCGCCGAAGCUGCCCGUGCAUAGGGGCACCAUCCCGAAGACGAGCGAGAUCAUUGACGAGAUACCGCUCAUCUAUGCCGUCGCGCCGUAUAGUCCGGGCCCCGACGGCGAGAUCCCGUGGCUGGCUAAGUCGGCGGAGGAGAUCGAUAGGAGGGAUAAGGACGCCUAUGAUGAGGCGGAGAGGAAGGUGAAUACGCUACUGAGGGCGGAUGGGUUUGUAGACCUGGUGAAGGCGGUGGAGGUACGGCUUGUGAAGCGGCAACCGCAGGGGAAGGAUGCGGGCGUAGGGCAGGGCGAGUCGGCGGAUUUUCAUCAGUCGGUGCCGGAUUCGAACCACGAGGAUGGAGCGGUGAGCGAGUUUAAUGACGAGAGGGCGUUUGAGAUCGUAUUGGAUAAUGGGCUGGUUCUGAGGCUGCAGUGUUUCUGCCAGAGGACGAGGGACGAGUGGGUGGCGAGACUGCGCGAUCUGAUAACGUACUGGAAGGCGAGGGAUAAGGACGAUCUGGCGAUCCUGAGGAAGACCAGGAAUGAGAACCUGCGGGAGCUCAAUAUCGAUGAGGAGAUGGAGUCCAUCAUCGGGCAGUUUGCGCGCAAGUGGGAGGUCUCGAGGUCCAUUGCGUCGGCCGAGAUAUUCAAUGUCUGCGGCAUGUCCUCCUGCAGAGCCAUCACCAUCUCCGGCGUCCUCUACCGCAAACCGCGCAAGCACGCCACCUUCAAACGCUACAACGUCGUGCUCUGCCACGGCGAAAUGCUCAUCUUCCACCACACGUACCGCAGCCGCACGGGCGUCGAGCUGCCGUACGUGCACCAGGAACGCUACCUCUCGCUGCCGCUGCGCGACUGCUACAUCUACUCGGGGCUCAUCACGGAGAACGACCUGCUGUACCAGAACCAGACGUUCGACUCCAACAUGCCGGGCCGGCACUCGCUGCCAAGGGUGUAUCAAGAUGGGAUGACGAGCCAUGACGAGGAUACGAUGAUGUGCUUUGUGCUGUGGCAUGGCAUGCGCAGGUCGCUGUUUAAGACGACGGAUGAUGAGGGGCGCACGGUCAGGCAUAGGGUGACGCAGCUGGGGGCCGCGGGGAAGUGUAUUGUGUUUAAGGCGAGGAGUAGGGUGGAGAGGGAUGCGUGGGUUAUGAGUAUUGGUAUGGAGAUUGAGAGGUUGAAUAUUAAUACGUCGGAGGAUAUUAGGAUCACGGCCGAGGCGCCGGGGAUCUUUGGGUAA